UCGCCCACCUCGCCCACCUCGCCCACCUCGCCCACCUCGCCCACCUCGCCCACCUCGCCCACCUCGCCGGGUCACCAGCACCAGCCGCCACUUAUCGUCGUCAAGUCGCGGACCUGUUCGCCGCCGUCGCCGUCCGAGUCCUCUUCCUUGUCGGGAUCCAGCACCGAGACGGAAAUGUCUGAUCGUACAGAGAAGCGUGAAGGGGGCUCGAGCGGGAAGAGCGGGAGCUCGAAGGGGAAUUCCAAGUCGGGGAGUGUGAAGACGGGGGGGAAGAAGGCUCAGAAGGAUGAUUGGAGUGGGGUGAAUGAGCCGGAUGAGAGGAGGAGGAUUCAGAAUCGGUUGGCGCAGAGGAAGUUUCGUAUGUCCCCAUAUUUCUUUACAUUUUAUCUUUGUAGGGGAGAAUGACACUAACAAUUACUUUCCCACAGGCGAAAAAGCAAAAGACCAAAAAGAAUCGCGCGACCGCGACGCAGAGAACCAACUCCACGCGGGCUACUCCUACACCAGCCCCGACCCUGACGACCUCGGUCUCGAGUCCGAGCUCUCCGGCCUGCCCUGGGGCGGACCGAGCAUGCGCCAUAUCGUCGAGCGGGGCAAGGCGACGCAGGGAGGCUCGAGGCAGGGGAGUCGCGAUUAUAGUCUCUAUGAGUAUGAGACUGGGAGGGGGGUGAGCGGGAAUAGUCGUGGGAGCGAUUCGAGAUAG